AUUCACUGCAGAGCAUCCAUUGAUGAGCAAGUGAUGCAAUGCUACAUAUCUCCAAAUCUGAUGAAGAAACAAACUCAUCUACAUCUUGGAUGGCCUGAGGCUUGUGAAAAUGGAGCCUUUGCCUGCAGCAAACACACAGUUCUCUCUAAACCUGUUCAAGAAGAUCAGUGAAGGAAACAAAUCAGGAAAUGUGUUCUACUCUCCGAUCAGCAUCUCCUCGGCUCUGGCCAUGGUGUCUCUCGGAGCAAAAGGAAACACAGCGGCGCAGAUGUUUAAGGUUUUGGGUUUUAACAAUCCUGCCAAGCCUGAUGCUGCGACUCCAGCUUCUCAACAACAAGCCCAGAAGCCCCAGAUGCCCUGUGGCGUCAAGGGUCAACAUGGACCAUCAAUGACGCAACAAACCCAGAAGUUUGAGAUACCUCCCCAACUCAAGAAGUCUCCUGCUCAGCCGGCACCUGGACAAAAGACUGAGGACCAAAUUCAUUCCAGCUUCAACAAGCUCAUGAGUGAACUGAAGAAACCUGGAGCCCCGUAUGUGUUGAGUCUCGCCAACCGGCUCUACGGAGAGCAAUCCUACCAGUUUGUUGAGAAAUUCCUUAAUGAUGCAAAAAGAUACUAUGAAGCUGGACUGGAGGAAGUGGACUUCAAGAAGAAUUCAGUGGCUGCACGUGUCAACAUCAACAAAUGGGUGGAGAAAAACACUCAAGAGAAGAUCAAGGACUUGCUUCCACAGGGAUCCAUCGAUGCGAUGACGAGACUGGUUCUGGUGAACGCCAUCUACUUCAAGGGGAACUGGGAGAAGAAAUUCCCAAAGGAUGCCACCAGAGAUGGACAGUUUAAGCUGAACAAGAAUCAAACUAAACCAUUAAAGAUGAUGCAACAGAAGGCACAGUUUCCUCUGGCCUUAAUCCCAGAGAUAGACAGUCAGGUUCUGGAGCUGCCGUAUGUCGGGAAGAAUCUCAGUAUGUUGAUCAUCCUUCCUAACGAGAUUCAAGAUGAAACCACUGGCCUUCAGAAGCUUGAAAAGGCACUGACCUACGAGAAGCUCAUGGAGUGGACCAAACCCAGCAUGAUGCAGAAACAAGAAGUUCGAGUAUCUCUGCCCAGAUUUAAGAUGGAGGAAACCUAUGACAUGAAGGAUCUUCUGAUCAGCAUGGGAAUGGAGGAUGUGUUUGAUGGGCAGGUGAAUCUUUCAGGCAUGUCGCCCAACAACGACCUGGUGCUGACGAAGGUGAUUCAUAAAGCCUUUGUUGAAGUAAACGAGGAAGGAACCGAAGCGGCUGGAGCCACCGGUGCCAUCGUCGCCAUUCGUUCAUUUGCACAGAUGUUUAUUGCAGACCAUCCGUUCCUUUUCUUCAUCCGUCAUAAUCCCUCCAACAGCAUUCUGUUUUAUGGACGCUUCUGUUCUCCUUGA